AUGGUUCAAGUGCCUAGCUUAUUGAGGUCAGUGUUUGAGACCUUCCCAUUGAAAACCUACCCACCAAUACCAAAUACAACUGCGGGCAGCAAGCAGGCAAUUGAAAGUAAUAGGCUAUACUUCGAGUCUGCCUCAAAAUCCAAUUCCAAUGACUCCUUCAUUCUUGGAGUUCCAAAUGUUCUAGCUUUAGAUAAUGACAAAUAUAUACCCACAGAUCCUAUAUCGUUGGCUCAGUGCUUGAUUUUAUGUUAUAAGCAUAAACUCAAACUUCCAUCCAAUUCUUCAAGUAAUAAAUGCCCUCAUUCUUUACUCAAAAUGUCUCACCAUGCCUCUGAAGAUGGUCAGCUUCCAAUACUUAUAGAAAACGGCGAAGACUCCUCUCGAACUAUAAGAUCAUGCAAAAGCUUUACCGAGACAAUCAAUGACAAAUAUUUUAAAGAAGACAUCCAAGCGUUUUUCAUCAAUAAUUUGAUAGACCAUGAUUUGAAUGACCUAUGGAUCUUAUCCUUGUUAGUGGAAAUCUCAAGAGGUAACUUAGAGGUCGUAGAUCAAAUUUUCAAGAUUGACGAGGCAUUGUAUGAAAAUGAACACAUUAAGUUUGCAACCUCAGUAUCCUUGUUAAAGGAAAUACCUAAUUGGAAUUCUUUCAGAAUUAGACAUGCAUCUUUGUUCGACACCAAAAAGUCAAGUAGCAUUAACUAUCCUUUACGUUAUGUAAGAGAAAAUGCUUUGGAAUUUCAAAUUAUAGAUAACUCCAAGGCAAUUAACUCAUACUAUGAGGAUCAAUUAUCGAAAUUAAAUACUACAUUGGAAUUGUUGGUUGAUUACAUUACCCCCGAAAACACUCAACUACCUAAGAAAAUUAUCGAAUUGAAAGUCAUUGCUUUUGUUAUAUGUAUUGAUAAGGUAUUGGGUAAGGAUACUCAAAUUUAUAAAGUACUUACUCAAAAAAAAUUCGAAGGUAUCAUUGAUCAUUCUUACAAUGUUAUUAGUAAAGACUUUUAG